CCACCCUCCUGACAACGCCUCCAGUUAGAUGAUGUUGCCAUUGUUAGAGGUAGCUGACAGCGUCACUGAAGAAUCGGAGGCAUCUCGAAAUUGGGCAGAUGAUGGGAAAGAUGAGUUACGACCUUUGGACACUCCUUUCCAGAACGAGAGCCAGGCGGCUCCAAUGAUCAGGAUAAGAAAAGAUUAUCGGGGUGAAAAUGUGAGCGCAGAGGAUCCAGACCCCUACAACAGAGACCGUAUCUUUGGUGCUGUUACAAGGGGAAGGCCUGAGGAGCUGGAAGGCUUGGCUGGAUACUUGCGAAGAAACCACAAAUUUCUCUCCAACUCGGAAUACAGAGAUGGUAAAACAGGGAAGACUUGCUUGAUGAAGGCCUUGCUGAAUUUAAAAGAUGGGACAAACCCCACCAUCGCAGUGCUGUUGAAGAUAGACAAGGAGAGUGGGAAUCCAACCCCUCUGGUCAAUGCUGCUUGCACUGGCAGCUACUACAAAGGCAACACAGCACUGCACAUUGCCAUUGAGAAGAGGAGCUUAGAUUUAGUGAAGCUCCUGGUGGAGAAUGGGGCCAAUGUCCACGCCAGGGCCUCUGGGGAGUUCUUCCGGAAGAAGAAGGGAGGAGUGCGCUUCUAUUUUGGUGAGCUCCCCCUGUCCUUGGCUGCUUGUACCAAUCAGAAGGAAGUGGUGCAAUACCUCCUGGAAAACCCUCACCAGAAGGCCAGCCUGACAGAAAGAGAUUCUUUGGGCAACACGGUCCUGCACGCUUUGGUGAUGGUGGCCAACGAUACGGAGAAGAACACGGAGGUUGUCAUAGGGAUGUACGAUGCAAUCCUGAUGGAAGGCUGCAAGCUCGACCCACUACUGAAACUGGAGGAGAUAGAGAACAACCAAGGGUUAACUCCAUUGAAACUGGCUGCCAAGAUUGGAAAAGUAGAGAUUUUCAAACACAUUCUUCAGCGAGAGAUCAGAGAUCCCAAGUUCAAGCAGCUGUCACGCAAGUUCACUGAAUGGACCUAUGGACCAGUUCACGUUUCUCUAUAUGACUUGUCCUCCAUUGAUAGCUACGAGAAAAAUUCUGUGCUAGAAAUCCUGGCCUACAGCAGUGACACUCCGAAUCGAUACAAAAUGGUGGUUUUGGAACCGUUGAACAAACUGCUCCAACGCAAAUGGGACUCUUUUGCUGCCUGGAGAUUUCACCUCAGCCUGGUGUCCUAUGCGAUAUUCAUGGUGGUCUUCACAGCCGUCACUUAUUACCAGCCUAUCAAUAGAAAGACUGAGCUUCUAGAGAAGUAUGCUGCAGCAGAUACGCUGAGGGUGAUUGGCCAGGCCAUUGUCUUAGUGGGAACCAUUUAUCUUCUCAUUGCUCAGACUCUUUUCUUGUGGAGAAGGCGCCUCUCUUUGAGAAGUCUGCUCUCAGAUGACUGUAUCCAGGUUUUGCUCUUGGUGCAAUCGCUCAUGCUGCUGAUAUCCGUGCCAUUGUAUUUUAUGGGGUUGGAGGAAUAUGUGCCUUUGAUGGUUUUCUCCCUGCUACUGGGCUGGAUGAACAUGCUGUAUUACACCCGAGGAUUCCGGCUGACAGGGAUCUACAGUGUCAUGAUACAGAAGACAAUCCUGAGGGAUCUUCUGCGCUUCCUCUUGGUCUACCUGAUCUUCCUUUUUGGCUUUGCAGUAGCCCUCUUCACUCUGACGAAUGAGAACAGUCCUGCCCGGAACAGUUCUGCCACCCCUCCAGAGGAUGGUAAAUCUAAAGUUACGUACACUGGGCUGUUUACGACUUCUCUGGAACUCUUCAAGUUCACCAUUGGGAUGGGGGACUUGGAAUUCAACGAGAACAUGAAGUUCAAGUAUUUUGUGAUCUUCCUGCACCUCCUCUUUGUGAUCCUGACGUACAUCCUCCUUUUGAACAUGCUAAUUGCUCUGAUGAGCGAGACAGUCAACAAGAUCUCCGGAUACAGCCAAAGUGUCUGGAAGCUCCAGGCAACUGUUACUAUCCUGGAGAUAGAGAAAAACUGGCUUUGGUAUUGGAAGAAGCCGCAGAGAUGCGGCUGCUUGUUGCCCGUCGGCUUGGGAGAGAAAGACAAAAGAUGGGUCUUCCGAGUGGAAGAGAUUGAUUGGGCCGACUGGGAGGAAGAGGUGGGAGUCCUUAACGAGGAUCCUGGGAGCUCUGGGGACUCUGGGAUAGAGCUUCAAGAGAGGGGUCUGUGGAGCUGGGUAGCACGGGCAAAGGCUGCCACAUCCACUGCAGCAUCCACACCAGAGGAGUAGACGCCAUCACAUCACCUCAGCCAAUGAACAAGAUGACGCUGUUAAGAAGACACAAUGCGUUUGGACGAACCUGGCUGCAAAUCAGAGCUGAAAUCCUUAGGCCGCGUUUGAGCUCUGUCAGAAUGAGGUCAAGAAAGACCACAACUGAUGUGACUGCUGAGACUGGGCUUAUGUUGGAAUCCGUGCCUUUGAGACUUUGCGUGCCACAGG